UUUUCAACUUUCUUCUUAGUUGGAUUAUCGGCAACUACGGCCGCAUUCAGAUACUCUCCAACACUAAUUUCUUCAACAACCCUUGAAUUUGCUACGACAGCUGAUAAUAUGGAGAGGAGAUUAGCGGAGGCAGCUUUUGAAGGAGAUCUGAAAGAGCUACAGACGAUCAUGGCUGAGCUGAGGAUCCUCUGAUUCUCGACAAAAUCACAGCUUCCUGCACCUGGCCGCGGCCAAGGGACGCGCGGAGGUCGGAGCUGCUUCUCGUUAAUAGUGAUGUGGCAUCGGCCGGGAUUCGGACGGGAGGAUGGCUCUCCACGUUGCGGCGGUCAAGGGGCGGGAGGUCGUGCUGGCCGAGCUGGUCGUGCUCGCGCCGGGUCUGGCUCGGGUGCUCACAGAUCGAGGCGAGACCGGUUUGCACCUCUGUGCGAAGUGGAACCGCUUCGACACGGCCAAAUUGCUGGCUGAUGAUGAUUGCUUGCUGAAUUUCAAGGAUUGUGAUGGCAAUACUGCUUUGCAUAUUGCUGUUGUCAAGAAGCAAUUUCAGAUGAUCAAAUAUUUGAUUCAACUACACCAAGUUGAAGUGAAUGCCUUGAACAAGAAUAGUCUGACAGCAUUGGAUCUACUGAGACAAAGUCCUCGAGACACUAGAGAUAUGGAAAUCGAGCAUGCCCUUUUAAGCUCGGGUGCUUUGCCUGCUAAGGAUACGGACUUGAUAGCCGAUGAAGGAAAAUCUCAUCAGAGGCUCUCCUCUAUGAAGAAGCCAGUAGUCACAGGGCGGAAGCCCACGGACUGGCUGGGGAGGAGGCGGAGUGCAUUAAUGGUGGUGGCGUCGCUGAUCGCCACAGUGGCCUUCCAGGCAGGGCUGACCCCACCUGGAGGCGUCUGGGAGGACGACUACUAUGUGGACGAGAACGGGCAAGCUGUGAGCGACCCUCACUCUACAGGCCACUCUGUGAUGGCAUGCCAAGAGCCCGGUGUGUACAGCGCUUUCAUGAUCCUCAACACCAUUGCCUGCCUUGCAUCACUGAGCAUAAUUCUUCUGCUGUUGAGUGGGCUGCCACUCAACCAGAGGAAUCUGCAGAUGGUGAUUAUGUGAGUGGCCAUCAGCACUAAGGUGGCCACCUACUUUGUCACGCUCAGGCACAUCUCGCCGAGUGACAUGGCAGGAACACUGCGCGAAGUCACUGAGAUAUCGGUGCUAACAUGGCUCACACUCAUCGUUGUUGUGUUCGUCGGGAAUGUGAUACGUUUGAAUUUGUGGGUUCUUAGGAAGUAUGGAUUGAUAAAAGGGAAAGAGAGGGAUUCACAAGGUGUUGAUGAUGGUGAUCAAGAUGUAUUUGAAUAG